AUGGGAUUUUCUCUUGCCAACAUUGCGCAGGCACUGCUUCUUUGUCUCAACGCCAUGGCCAUCUUGUCAGAGCGGCGAUUCCUUGCGAAGUAUGGUCUUGCCACGAUGCCAAUGACAGAGCAGGGCGGUGAGGCGGGGUAUGUGCCUCAGUCAUUUGGCGCCGGGGAUGCCUUUGCGCGUGGGCGGCCGAUCUCUCCUUUCAAGGCGCAUCUCGCCUCCGUGCUGAGUAGUGUACGUAUGCUAUUACGGUUGCCGUUGAUUCUUGUUAACACGGUGGUUAUCAUCUUUGCCCUUCUGUUUGGUUGA